AAUGAGUUUAGGUUUCAAGUUAUACAAUACUAAUACCAAUAAUGAAGUAAUCAACAAGAGAAGGAAACUAAGUAUUGGAAGUGAAGGAAGUGAAUCAACUGGAGAGAAAUUAAAUGAAAGCUUUAAUAGGUUAACUUUAAGUGGUGGAAAUCCGUCAAGUUCUUUUUAACCUUAUGUUAAGAUUGCAAUCACUUAAGUUCAAUAACCAGAAAGAACACUUCCUUAACCAUAAUUAAUGAUGGGGAUUCAAAAGUAUCUCAAAUUGGGAGAAGAAUUAGAUGUUUCAGAUAUCUUAACUAAACCUUUAAAUGAUUUAUAACAAAUACAUAACAAUUUAACACAAACCUAAUAAAAAUUCCAUUUCAUUCCUUUUGGAAUGCCUGCCAAUUAUGAAAAAUUAAUGGCUGAGGCUUAGUAAGUUCUCAAAACAGAAAUAAGAGUUGAAGAAGAAAGAUAGAAACGAUCAAUUGAUGACUAUCUCAUUGAAUAGAAAUUAUUAUAUCCAGGGUAGAAAUUAAGUAAAGAAGAAAGAGCGGCAAAAGUAGCUGCUUAUUUAGAAAAAAAGAAAAAUAGAUAAUGGAAAUAAGUUAAGUAAUUAUUUUGUUUUAUUUAGUAUAGAUACACUGUCAGAAAGAAUCUAGCUGAAUUUCGAUAAAGAGAAUAAGGUAGAUUUACUAAAACAGAUAAACCUCGUUUCAACUAAAGUUUAAUAAUGUUAGAUAAAGAAGAAAGAAAAAUGGAAACAUUAACUAAUUCAUAUUCUUGAU